CAAGAAGGAGAAAAAGAAGACGGACUUUCGGUUCAUUAACAAGUCCCUACUGGUAUUAAAGUGUCCUUGGAUUGAUGCUAAAGCCUUAACUUUGUUUUUUGUCACUGGAAAGACAGCAAGUAAGCUGAGGCAUGCAGACUGCCAUCAGAGCCGCCAGACAUUCCCUCAGAUACUUCAGGAGUGUCUCUAACACAGCCAUGGACUCAGGAUACCAGCAGGCAAAUGUGGUCAUCCUGCCCAAACAUCUCGCUGACGACUUUGAAGAUUUCUGUCAGAAAAAUCCAGCUCCGCUGCCGCUACUUUAUCGCAGCCAACCAGGAGAGACUUCCUGUCCGCCUCUCGCUAAAGAUGCUGACAUAAGGUCAGACAUUUCUCAGUACUGUGUGUAUGAAGAGGGCCGGAUGGUGAAAACUGUCUCCAAUCUGCAGAGCUACGUCUCUCAGCAGAGGACUGGAUCGGAGCAGCAGGUUGAUCCUGGGUUUUGGUCCAACAUGGUGUGUUUCUAUCAGGGCUGCAGCUUUGGUUUUGAAGGCCGACUGAACGAGGCUGGAGUUCCUGUCAGAAAUGUGGAGCAGGGCAAAAACGUCAGCAUGUACAGGACUGCAGUUCCCUGUGUUCCUGCAGGAGCGUUCAGCUGCCCUCUAGUGGUCACCAUGCGUCCCAUUCCUGCCGCUAUGUUGGAUGCUGUGGUGGAGAUUACACACCUCAACCCUCUGGCCCAUGGAGCUCCCAUCCACAUUGGAGACCCAGCUUUCCUGGGCAUACAGGAUCUGUCCUCUCCAAGCUACGGGGAUGAAGUUGAACUGCAGACUGGAGACGUCCCAGUGUUCUGGGCCUGUGGAGUGACAGCUAUAGAAGCAAUACUCAGCAGCAAGCCUCCUCUGGCAUUCAGUCACUCUCCAGGCUGUAUGUUCCUCACUGACGUCCCAGACUCCUCAACCUCUACCACCAAACCUUCAGUCAGUGAUGGUGUGGACUCUGCAGCCUCGGAUCAAGACCCUGAGAUGAUCCCGCUCAGUUUUUUAGUGUCCCAUAAUCCUUUGAUGUACAGUGUGGCAUCAAAGAGGGCAGUGGCAAUAAUCAGAAAGCUGGAGAAGAUCAUCGGUGAGGAUCCAGGUCAACGAGGGAUUGAAGCUUUAUUUGUCCAGGAUGAACUUCUGCGCUCCUGUCUGGCUCUGUCACACGCCUCCUCUGUUGCCAUAACAACUGGAUUCCCCACACACUUUAUGCACAGCCCACCUGAUGAGACUGACGGCCCUCCUGGAGCCAUCGCCAUGGCAACAAUGCUGUUGUCUCUUGGGAAAGAAGUGACGUUGGUUAUGGACAAGAGAGACCUAGAGAUGAACCGGGCGAUUGUUGAUGAGGCUGUGAGAAAAGGUGUGCUGAAAAGUACAAUCCCAGUGGUCACUUUUGAAGACAGCGGCCCUGACUCUGCUCUGCACUUCCUGUGUCACAAUGGAGACCCCAGUAAGCCCAGGUACGACCACCUGGUGGCGAUAGAGCGCACUGGACGAGCCUCAGAUGGAAACUACUACAACAUGAGAGGAAUAAACAUCAAACACCUGGUGGAUCCUAUUGAUGAUCUGUUUAUUGCUGCCAAGAAGAUACCAGGAAUCAUCACAACAGGAAUCGGUGAUGGAGGUAAUGAGCUAGGGAUGGGUAAAGUGAGGGAAAAGGUGGUGGACUUGAUGCCCAAAGGGAGUCUCAUAGCCUGUGAUGUUCCUGCUGACUUCGCCAUCACUGCUGGUGUGUCUAACUGGGGCGGCUAUGCUGUGGCCUGUGGGCUCUACCUGCUCCACACCUGCCCCUCCCAUCACAGAUACCUGAAGAAAGGACUGGGACUCACAACUCCUGAACACCAGCUGCAGGACUGGGCCGCUAACCUGCCGACUGUGGACAAGGAGGAGUCGAUUCUCUCCACACUGAUGAGUUUUGGGAUAAGAAGCGGGAAAACUGGAAACCUCGCCAUGGAGGUGGACGGUCUGACAUUUCAUCCUACGCACUCUGACAUCAUCACCAGACUGCUGGACGUCACAGGGGCCUCCCCACCAACAAACGCCUGAUCCAGUUAUCUGGUCCAUCUGCUGUAUUUAAAACCAACAAACCCUGAUACUCACCAGUGUUGGUAAGCACUGCUUGAGCUCAGUGAACUUGAACACAUAAACAAUCAUGGUGCUACUGUGUGAAACUUUCGCACACUCCUUCUUUUCUCUCACUCCUUUUGGGCGUCUGAAUAGAGAGGAAACGGAGAGCGGUAAUUUUGACCUGCCUUAGUUUCCUUUCACUCAUCUUCCUUGGUGACUGGGGAUGAAGACGUCAGCUCACAUAAAAGCAGCUCUCCUCUCCUCCUUCUGCAGUAAUGAUUGCUAAAUCACAGCCCUAGUGCCAUCUUAAUACCAUAAAAUGUAAAAAUGUUGUCAAAUGUUAGAAGUUAUUCUAUGAACCAUAUGUAGAAGGGCUAAUAAAGGAGUUGAUGUCUGUUUCAUUGAGAGAUAAUCAGAGCCCUUUUAAACCUGAUGGCUGUGGUUACACAUUUGAGGCCUUAAUGACCUGCAUGUACAAAAGGUGUCACAAUAUAAUGUUUAUAAUUUAAUGCCUCUAAAUCAAAGUAUAUGCAUUCCUGUCUGGGUGACCAGGCAAAUAAAAAAGAUCCUGACAGCCAGUAUUUGGUUUCCUGUUUUAAUCACCAAAAGUUGCAGACAAACUCCUACAAUCUUUAUAAAUUGAUCUAAAACACUGACCAAGUUUGACCUGCAGCAGCCUAUAUAUAAAAAUUUCACUUAAUUUCUGAUUUUUUGUUUUAACAUUUCACUUCAUUUGAAUAGGAUUUAUCUCCAAAAUAACAGAUUGCUUCAUUGUAGAAACCUGUGGUAUUCUCUUUCGAUAAGUAUUUAGACCACAUGAUAUGUACGAUUAGUUUGUUUUUUGCUCAUGUAGAUUGGAUAAGUUUAAAACAGACUUUACUUUGUUUCUGAAUUUCUGCUGUGUAUUUGUUUGUAUUAUUAAAAUUAGAAUAAAUAUUUUUUAUUGUAAUGGAUGUCUUCUUUUCUCCCCCAAAAACUCCACUUUAGCCAGAUAUUUGAUCAGUGUUGAACUUUGUUGUUAAUUAUAGAUUUAUAAAAUGAUCUGAUUUACAUUGUUGCUGGAUAAAUGAUUUUGUACAGAUUAGAAUGUAUGUUACAGGGAAAUUAUGUUACUAAUCACAAUUUUGUUUGAUAAAUGUGACUUUUAAAAUCUUAA